UGUUUUCGUCACUUUAUCUAUUCUCGACUUGCAACCUCUCCGCUUUCCCCUACCAUCGCAAUGACCAUCCACGCUCUAUGGAUAAUAAGCAAAGCAGGCGGUCUCGUCUUUUCCCGUUCUUACAGUGACGCUCUUCCUCAAUUACCAGUCAACACCAUCCUCACGCUCGCCGGUAUCUUGCACGGUAUUCACGCUAUCACCGCACGUCUUACCCCUUCACCCGCUGCUUCCAGCCAAAACCAGAGCCAAGGCCCAGGAUCUACAGGGGGGCUAGAGAGUUUCGAGGCUGAGGGAUGGGGUGGAAAGGUGUUUUUGACUCCUACUGGCACAAAGUUUGUACUGUUACAUUCAUUACCUCAAGCAGGCUUAGAUGAUCUUUUAAAACGGAUAUACGAAAUUUACGCAGACACGGUCAUGAAAAAUCCCUUCCACACACUUGAGAUGCCAAUAAAUAGCGCUUUAUUCGAUGAGAAGCUGGGGGUGUUGAUGGGUGGGGUGAACGUUUCGUAGACGUAAGCGCAAAGACUCGUGAGGAUCCGGAGAGCGUGAGGGAUC